AUGCGCUCGCAGGCUGGACUGAGUUACGCGCAGGAGUGUGAUCCGUGCCACAUGGAGAUGGAGGACUCAGGCACAGGGCCGUGUGACGAACACGCACUAUGCAUGAACGAAGACACGUCCUAUGUGUGUGAGUGUGCCAAGGGGUUUGUGGGCGAUGGGGCCACCUGCGAAGACUUCAACGAGUGUUUGGUGCCGAUGACCGUUGCCCAGUUAAUGACCCAAUCAACCUUUGAGUGGGAUGGUCAGGAUAUAUUGUUCGCAGACGCUCUUCAUCAAGCCAGCAUUGGCCUGGGGAAUGCGUGUAAGCUCGGGUGCAUCAACACACCCGGCUCCUUCUACUGCCAGUGUGACCUGGGUACGUAUCUCAACCAGACCGACAUGGUCAGCUGUGCCUCGUGCGGCCCUGCACCCAAUUGCCAGGACUAUUGGACUCACUGUCUGGACAACGGGAUGCCCGUGUGUCUGAGAGAUAAGUGUGUGUCUGGGUUUGUCAACGACAAUACCACCAUGGCCAGUGAGUGUGUGGAUGUGGACGAGUGUCUGACCAAUCCCUGUGUGCCGGAGGGGCUGCCGAAAAACGCCACGACCAACUCCACGUGCUUCAAUCUCCCGGGCGAUUACUUGUGCGCGUGUAACAAGGGAUUCUACGACCCAAACGGCCGGGGCAUUGACUGUGUGGAUGUCAACGAGUGCCUCGACCCAGGGCUCAACAACUGUGACAAGACCAUCAGCCCCUUCAACAACAAGACGGUCAGCGUGUGUCAGAACUUGGUUGGAGACUUCAAGUGCAGCUGUGUACGGGAGUAUCUGGGGAAUGGCGUGGUGUGUGAUGACUUGGACGAGUGCCUCUAUGAAGACUCGUUCUCGUGCCCCGACAACAGUGACUGUCGCAAUAGCAUUGGCACAUAUGACUGUGUGUGCAAGGAUGGGUUCGAAGGCACACCAGUGACGGCCAUUGACGAGCUCGGCAACGAGUUCCUGUCCUGCAAGACGUGCGGACAAAUCCUCAACUGCAAAGAAGCCACGUGCUCACCCUUUCGCGAAGACGAGCUGCAGAGUGAGUCAUUCACCACAGUCGAUGGCAGACGCAGAGAUGUGGAGCCAACAGAUAACGGCAACGACAACGGCACCAGUGCAAUAACACCCAUUGAUUCACAGAGCAACGACCAGACAUCGGCCAACAACGUGCUGUUGCGAUGCAGAAAGUAUGCGCGUGUGGGGGUAGGGCGUGUUGGGGUAGGGCGUGUGGGGGUAGGCGUGUGGGGUAGGGCGUGUGGGGGUAGGCGUGUGGGGUAG